AGCAACGUUGCUUAAUUAGACCCAGAAGAGACGGAUCUUAUGGGACGCGUGUCACACUUUCCCGUUUCUUUCUCUCUCUCGAAAAUCAUCUCCUCUCCUUCUUCACCGAUUUAUGCACCGAGAUCCUCCAAGCUCACGGCUGGGGCUCAAGCUCAAGUAUGUUUCAAUCGCGAUAAUCUGAUUCAGAGUCAUAUACUCAAUCUUGGCAUCUCUAAUCGCUGUUUCUUUCGCGAAAUUAUGAAUUUUGUGAUUGGGUUUCACAAGAGGAAGAAGAAGAGAAGAAAGGAAGCUCAGAAGCAGCAUGAGGAAUCGUUGAGGCGAAAGCGUAUCGAGGCUCGUAAGAAGAGGAAAUUGGAAGAGAUGAUGGUCGCUGGGAAUGCUGAGGAAACUGAAGAUGUAGAAACUGAGGUUGAAGAUGCAGAGAAUAAAGAGGUGAAGAAGAGUGAAAGAGUAGCAUUAUGUCUUAUACAGGGAGACCAACAAGGGAGCCGUCAUCUCAGGUAACAUAGAAGCUUUCAUCUCAGAAGAAGACUUUGGUUAUGUCACUCUGUUGUGAAGCAAGUCUAGUUUUUGGUCUCUUGUUUUGUUGUGUCAUUGUGUUGUUUUGUAGACUGCUUUUUUUGUGUCACCCUCAUGUAUCACUUUUCUAUUUUGUAAUCUUGUGUACUCAAGGACUUGUGUAUUCACGUGAUUACUAGUGACUUGUGUACUCUGAUUCUCUAUAUAAAACUAAACGACCAAACAUUUUGAUCUCA